AUGGCUUCACUAUUUGCACAAAUAGGUGAAAGGUGGGACGCGGUGUUACGAUCAGGACAAUUAUGGAGUGAAUGUUGCACAAGAUUUAUCAAGGAAGAAAAUGCGAAGGCCAAUACACAUAUGGUUACAAGGUUUGACCGUCAUAAUCAAAAUUUCAUGGUCAAAGAGACAAUUGACCAUAACGAGGGGCUACCAAGACAAGAGUAUAGGGUUCCACUAGAAGAACGUUGGUGCAAUUGCGGAAAGUUUCAAGCAUUUCGCAUGCCUUGCUCCCAUGUCAUUGCAGCAUGUGUGUAUUCUUUCAUAGAUGCAUUAACACUUCUGUCUCCCAUUUACAAGUCCGAGACCUUGCUUCAUGUAUACAACAAUGGCUUUGUAGUGGUAGCAAAAGAGGAUUAUUGGUCUGCGUACGAGGGGGAAAUUAUUUGCACAACGACCAAAUGUGAAGAAAUAAAAAGGGUCGUCCCAAAAGCAAGCGUAUCACAUCUGAAAUGGACGAGCUUGACAAGCUAG